AUGGGGAACUCCGAAAGUCAGUACAGUGUUCAAGGAACACAAAGCCAAGGCAGUAAUUCUAUGUCAGAUGUCAAGCAAAAAAGUUGUUCUUUGAAAAUCCACAGCGGCCACAGUAAAGAGGAGAAACCUUGGACCUCUCCUAGGUGGGCACGGACCAACAGCAGCGCUAGCUACAAGUCUCGUUCCCUUGCAAGAAAUUGUCUGUCUCAAUGCAAAAGCAACCCUCCGUAUUCAUCAAAACAUGGGGACGUAGUUCUAAAGACAUCUAAAAGUUGUGGCCAUCUUAAACAGAGAUCUGGUUUGUGCGGGGACUAUUGCCAGGCAAAUAACAACACAUAUAUGCCAGAUAAUGGGUAUCAUUAUGUUGGCAUUGACACCCCUGAGGACUAUAGAGGUUGUAAUGGACAUAUUUUAAGCUGUUAUGACAUUCAUGACAGCAUGUCAUUGGCACUGCAAGCGGAAGAAAGGAAAAGUCCAAAAGUUUUGAUCAAAACACUUGGAAAGCUGGAUGGCUGUCUGAGAGUUGAAUUCCACAACAAUUCAGGAAACGGUAUGCCAUCGGAUGACUCUGACGGACCAGUUCAGUUGCUCAGGUACUCUCCUGCAAUGGAGACAAAGGACAUGCUUAAGAAUGAUCCUUGUAGAAACUCUGGUAUGGAAUUUACAGCAAGCCGGGGGUUGUCAGCAAGUGACUCUGGUCUAAGAUCAAGCAAAGGGAGUUCGCUGAGUUCUGACUCUUCAUGGUACGACUGUCCCUGGGGAAACAAUAGGGACAUUAAUGACUUGGAUAGCUCAUACUUGACCAGGACUUCAUUGGACACUAGUGUACGUGGUGCUCUUGUUCCAAAUGAGAGCGGUGUACUCUUCAAUCAGACAUCUUCGCUCUCUUCACUUCGUGAAUUAUAUAACUCGGAUUUAGGUGGUGGUUUAGCUCAAGGUCGACUCUCAGAUGAAUACAUAAGUUCUGGUCAUACCUUAAGUAAUAGGGUUUCUUUUGCGUCUGAUAUUGAUGUUGCAUCAAGAGUCGAACACAGAGCACCAACCCAGUAUUCCUCUUACACGCUGCCAUGCAGAAAAUCAAGGCCCUUAACUGAAGAAGCCUCUAAAAAAGAGACACUGAAAAACCGAAUGAGGCGUAUUAGUGACUGGACGGGUAGCCUGUCAAGGAAGAAAAGAAAGUUGCAGGAACCAAAAUCUAAAGAGGAGAGAAGUGAUUGCUUUGACAGUGGCAUUGAUGCUUUUACAGCUGAGACAAGCUCUCCUCCAUAUCUCUCCAGUACGGUUUGGUCUGGUGGCUCAGGACAGGUUAUAUCACACAGGAGUAAGCAGACCAGUGCAAUUAGCAGCGACGUGCUUAGACAAAACAUCUAUGAAAAUUUCAUGAGGGAGCUAGAUUUAGAUCGAAGCAAUGUUGAAGAAACUGCUACCCUGUCAGGUACAGAGGACUCAAGCAGCGACUCACUAAGCUCUUUGGAACAACUUGACCUGCUGUUUGAAAAGGAGCAAGGGGUUGUUCGCAAAGCUGGAUGGCUCUUCUUUAAGCCUCUCAUCACACUUCAGAAGGAGAAAAAAUUGGAGCUGGUAAACCGCAGAAAAUGGAAGCAUUACUGGGUUACAUUAAAAGGUUGCACUCUGAUGUUCUAUGAGACCUAUGAAGGGAACUCUAUGGAGCAGAAUACCUCCCCCAGAUAUGCCCUGUUUGCAGAAGACAGCAUAGUACAAUCAGUUCCUGAGCAUCCAAAAAAGGAAAAUGUUUUUUGUCUCAGCAACUCCUUUGGAGAUGUGUAUCUCUUUCAGGCCACUAGUCAAACUGAUUUAGAGAACUGGGUUACUGCAAUUCACUCUGCCUGUGCAUCACUCUUUGCAAAGAAGCAUGGGAAAGAAGAUACUGUCCGACUUCUUAAAAGUCAGACCAAAAGUCUAAUGCAAAAGGUUGAUAUGGACAGCAAAAUGAAGAAGAUGGCAGAGCUGCAGCUCUCUAUUGUGAAUGAUCCAAAAAAUAGAAAAGCCAUAGAAAACCAGAUUCAGCAGUGGGAACAGAACCUGGAAAAGUUUAACAUGGAUCUCUUUCGUAUGCGCUGCUAUUUAGCAAGCCUGCAAGGAGGGGAAUUGCCAAACCCAAAAAGCCUAUUAGCAGCCGCAGGGCGGCCAUCCAAGCUGGCACUAGGGAGGCUUGGUAUCUUCUCUGUCUCUUCUUUCCAUGCAUUGAUCUGCUCUCGGGAUGAAUCUGCCCUGAGGAAAAGGACAUUUUCUCUUUCACAAAAAGUGCAGAUUAAGAAGAGUUUAUUUUCAUCUCUUAAAGGGAUUGAUACCCUUGCAAGGAAGGGGAAAGAAAAGAGACCUUCGGUAACUCAGAUUUUUGAUACCAAUAGUAGCCAGUCUGGCUCUGGGACACAGAUUCCACCCAAUAUGAGUGGCUCCAGUGAG